ACGCUUUCCUCCACGAUGCCCGGCAUUCUCGUUCGGGGAACUUCAGUGAAGAUGAUGAAGUUUUCCUGGGACAACUACAAGCGCUACGCUUGGGGCAAGAACGAGCUGCGGCCUUUGACGAGGAACGGCCACAUUGGCAACAUGUUUGGUGGCCUGAGAGGAGCCUCCAUCAUUGACUCCCUGGACACGCUGUAUAUCAUGGGACUGACGGAGGAGUAUAACGAUGCCAAGGAGUGGGUGCAGACCAGCCUGGACCUCAACUCGAACGGCGAGGCGUCCCUCUUCGAGGUGAACAUCCGUUACGUCGGCGGCCUGCUGGCAGCGUACUACCUGACGGGAGAGGAGAUGUACAAAAAUAAAGUGCUGGAACUGGGAGAGAAGCUGCUGCCGGCCUUCAACACGCCAACAGGAAUCCCCCGAGGAGUCAUCAACCUGGGGAGCAGUGGCACCAGCUGGAGCUGGGGCUGGGCCUCGGCCGGGAGCAGCAUCCUGGCUGAGUUCGGGACCCUCCACCUGGAGUUCGUCCAUCUGUCGGAGCUCUCCGGGAACCCCGUCUACACGGAAAAGGUGAUGAACAUCAGGAAACUACUGAACAAGAUUGAAAAGCCCCACGGCCUGUACCCCAACUUCCUCAGUCCGGUCAGCGGCAACUGGGUCCAACAUCACGUCUCCAUCGGCGGCCUCGGGGAUAGUUUCUACGAGUAUCUGAUCAAAUCCUAUCUGAUGUCGGACAAGACGGACGGGGAGGCGAAGAAAAUGUACUACGGCGCGAUGGAGGCGAUUGAAGCCAACCUGGUGCAAAAGUCCCCCGGCGGUCUCACCUACAUGGCCGAGUGGAGGGGGGGGAUCCUGGACCACAAGAUGGGCCACCUGGCCUGCUUCUCGGGAGGCAUGAUCGGCAUCGGGGCCGACGACGGAGCGCCGGAGAAGAGGCAACACUUCCUGGACCUGGCCGCCGAGAUCACGCACACGUGCCACGAGAGCUACACCCGCUCGGCAACCAAACUGGGACCCGAGGCGUUCCGAUUCGACGGCGGAGGGGAAGCGACGGCGACCAGGCUGAGCGACCGAUACUACAUCCUGCGACCGGAGGUCAUCGAGAGCUACAUGUACAUGUGGAGGCUGACGCACGACCCCAAGUACAGGGAAUGGGGCUGGGAAGCCGUCGAGGCCCUCGAGCAGCACUGCAGGGUGGAGUCGGGCUUCUCCGGGAUCCGAGACGUUUACACCAUGACAGCCAGCCACGACAACAUGCAGCAGAGCUUCUUCCUGUCAGAGACCCUCAAGUAUCUGUACCUGCUCUUCUCCGACGACGACCUCCUCCCGCUGGAGGACUGGGUCUUCAACACGGAGGCCCACCCGCUGCCCGUCAUCCGCAGGAGCUGCGCGCAGGACGAGGCCACGCAGGACAAGACGUCCUCCGAAUGAAGACCGGACGCCCCACGUCCACCUCCCCCCCCCACUCCCCCCUCACUCCACACCUCCACCCGGGACGGAGGCGUCCCCGCGGUUCAUGUGAGUCGCCGCAGGGAGAGGCGGACUUUUCACGGAGCGCGUCGCGUGACUCUCUGACCCGCUUCCCAGUAAAAGGACGCCGUCGUUUUGCGGAGUGAUUGUGUAACCUUUCGCCCCAGGAGGGGGAGGGUCACUCCCUGCUGGCGAUUCUAAUUCUUCUUCUUCUUCUUCUUCUUUUUUGUGACCAAUCAAGACAAACAUGACUUUCUUUCCUUCUUUCCUCUAUGAGGAAACCAGUAUAAGUCGCAGAGUGUUUGCAGUGGGAGGAGGGUUGAACUUUGGGCCGUACUGUGAGGAAGACCUGAGUUUGCUGUUUCGUUUUACCUUAAGCGAUGAAUGAUGUCCGUACGUUGUCAUCUUUUCCUUUGUGAGUCCACUCUUUGACCAAAGGUUGCUUUGCAUUUAUACUUCCCUACUUUCCCCCGUAAUGUGUUUUUGGUGCGUCUUGACCGAAGGUGAAAAUUAACAAGAGGCUUGAGUUCUAAUGAGCGUUGAUUAAUGUACAGACAAACACAAAAUGCGAUUCUGAAAUUCAGCUUUAAGCCGAUGUUGAUGUCACGUUUCCUCCUGAAAGGAGCUUGAAUGAAUUUUAAAAGUUCGGCGGUGUCUGGGAAGCGGCAGUGUCUUAUGCAUCCGGGGACACGGGUCCAGUCGUCCCUCUGAAUGCUCGGGUUAUUCUGUGAAAAAGGCCGAGCCUGCUCCGUCCCCUCCAAUCAAAGUCACAAGCGGCGUCCUGUCAAUUAGUUCUGUGGCCGUGACACUGGCAUCGUGUGGGGGGGGGAAAGAACCCAUCGUCCUGUUUCUGUUGUGGUUUCUCUGCUUCACGCUGCCUUUACUCGUGGAUCCACGCGGCGGCCCGGCACUGACGUUAAAGGCGGUGAGGGAUUCCAUCUCCAGCGCCGUUCGUCUCUGCUGUCCUGCACACCUGUGGAGUGAAUGUGCUUGUACAUACAGAUGUGUGGAAGACCCCUGUAUGAGCUUCUAUCGAUUUUAUUUUGUGAUCAAAUUGUUCUUUCUUUUCCCGGUUUCUCUUUUUGAUUUGCUUCCCUCAGGUGUUUAAGUAAAAAAAAAAAAAAAACUUUUAAGUCUAGUUAUCGCUGAUAUUAAUUAUUACUUAUUCUUACUGUUUGAUUAUUCUUUCAUUGUUGGAUAUUUUCAAAUACUGAUAAAAAGACCUGUGCAACUUUGUACAUUUCAAACAAUCCUAGUUGUUGUGUGUGUGUGUUUUUUUAAUCUCCGCCUUGUUUGCUUAUGUAAAUACAAAGUUAAACUAUUCCCUACUUUC